UGUCAAGACGCAAAGUGCCCUGGAAAUAAUAGAUCAAUUGACUCUGUCCAAAUAUGUCCAGGUGCUGGAGGUGGUGAGCUUCAUCACCUGUGAAUAAGUCUGAAAUUCAAAACUCACGGCAGAUAUUCAGAUGCUGCCGUCUGAGCGUUGGACACAAGGGCGAGAUAGCAGUCUGAGGAUGACCAUUGAAUAUGAGCUUAACAUACUGAACAAACACCUCAGACAAGCAAAUUAAGGGCAAACAAAUUGCAAAUUAGACUUCUAAAAUUCAUUCCCAAAUGAUUUUGGGAAUGGUUGCCAGAUAAACACGUAUAAUUUCAUAAUUUCAAAGGCUUUUAUGAUGUUUUUGUCAUCCAACUAACCAAUCAUGAAAAUGUGUGUUAUGUAUGUUUGCUAUGUUUUGCCAAGGUAGGGCACAAUCAAAUCUUUCAGCUUUUUAAAGAACAGCACUAUAAUAAGACAUAGUGCAGACAUAAAAAAAAGUGGGUCAAAUCCUUUAAAAUAUCAGCACAAAAACCAAGGGUUCUGUAGCAACUCCUUUAUUUGAAUAUUGUUUGUGCAAAAGGUUUGUGUCAGGUCUGUCUCUCUCUCCUGGGACAAUCAGUGUCAUCAGCUUCACCUGGUGACAACUAUCUCUCUCCCUCAAGCUGUCACGGUCAGGUCAUGGUUCCUGUUGCUCUUCUGGUUCUGGGCUUUGUUUAUAUUUGCCCCAUGGCCUCGUCCUCCAGCUCUGUUUACCAGUGUUGUCCAUUGUGCUUCUCCCUGCGUCUCCUUUGUUCCUGCCUGGCCUAUGUCUCCGUUGGAUUUGCUGGAUGUAUUUAAGUGUGGACUUUUUGAACCUGAUGGCUGUUCCCCCAAGUGCUGCUUUUGGAUCCUGUCUGCUUCCUGAUUCCUCCUGAACGCAACGAUUUGAAGAUGGAAGACACUUCUACCUAAAAAAGCUUUCGCAGGGCUGCGCGAAAGUUUCCACCAGGGGGAGAAGGAGGAGCGCCCUCUCUGUGCUGUGGGGAUGAUCGUCGGAUGCUGAAUUUUCAUUCCUGGAGGCAGGAAUGUAGAAACUGUGGAGACCGGCUUGUCUUGGAUUGAUUUGCGGUGAAUCUGUCGGAGGGAGAGAUCUCACAGUGCCUCCCCUUUUCCCACUGUGAGUUUCACACUUGCAUGCACGCAUUUUCCAGCAGAACACGCGUCAUUAUUUCACUGUGGAAAGGUGGAGUAUCUUACAGGAGCAGCAUUCAAAAGAUUUUGCCCACGUCCAGGAGUGUGGAAGGAGAGAAACACUUGAUUUGCAGAACGACUGAAGGACAUCUUUCAUAUUUGUAUUUGGGGGAAAAAAGUAAGUUUCCAGCAGAUACAUCUUCUGAUUGAUCUGUGAUUCUCCAGGACUGGGAAAGGAUUUUAAAAAAAAAAUCUUUCCCUUGUGGAUCAGCUUCAGAGAGUCUCGUGGACAGUAUGGUUUUGGAUGACGUGUAAAGGCUGGAUCGGUGAAAGCACCUCUCCUUUCUCCGGAAAGAUCUUUGUGCCACUUCCAGAACGGUCACAGAGCAAGAUGGAGACAGUCCCGGCCAACAUCGAACAAAAUGUCACACUUUAGACCGGCCAUGAACCGAGAAGACGAAUAAGUAGAGAACGAUUAUGAAGUAACUGACCUGUGAAGACACUCUCACCGGGUGUAUUUUUAAAAGACCUCUCAACAUUUCUGCGAGCGUAUGACCAUCUGAGGCCCAGCAGAUAAAGACAAAGACAAAAGCCGGAGCAACAGAAACAGUACCAGAGAAGAUAAAGUCCAGGCCAUGGCUGAGGGGAUGAUCAGUUCUCAGAGUGAACCGUGACAGUAUGGUCGACUGUAUAAGCAGAGUCAUGCUGCACACGCUUAUCUCAUGCUGGCAACCAGUCCUGGGGCUGGCCCUCGUGGCUGUCUUUGUGGGUUCCACCCUGGGAUGUCCUUCACGUUGCGAGUGUUCGGCACAGACCAAGGCAGUUGUCUGUCACCGCAAGCGUAUGCCCAGCAUUCCAGAUGGAAUCCCAUCAGAGACGAGGAUCCUGGACCUGAGCAAGAACAAACUGACAAUGAUCAAUCCAGAUGACUUUGUUGCCUUUACUGGCCUUGAGGAACUUGACCUGAGUGGGAAUAUUAUCAGUUACGUUGAGCCUGGAGCAUUUAAUGCCCUGUUUAACAUGCACACGCUCAGUCUCAAGAGCAAUCGUAUCAAGCUCAUUCCCCUGGGUGUGUUUGGAGGUUUGACAAAUCUAACCAGACUGGAUAUGAGUGACAACAAAAUUGUCAUCCUUCUGGAUUAUAUGUUUCAGGACUUGCACAAUCUCAAGUUUUUGGAAGUUGGUGACAACGAUCUGGUUUACAUUUCACAUCGAGCAUUCAGUGGACUUUUAAGUCUGGAAAUAUUAACCUUGGAAAGAUGCAAUCUUACGGUUGUGCCCACAGAGGCACUUUCCCACCUCCACAACUUGGUCAGUCUACAUUUGCGCUAUCUGGGCAUUAACACUUUGCAUCCCUACUCAUUCAAAAAGUUGUUCAGGCUGCGGAAUUUAGAAAUUGACAACUGGCCAGCGCUGGACAACAUUCCAGCCAAUACCCUGCACGGUCUGAACCUUACCAAGCUCUUUAUCACCCAUACCAACUUGUCCUCCUUUCCUUACCAAGCCCUGAAGCAUCUGCCCUACCUGACUCACCUCAACCUGUCCUACAAUCGAAUUAAGCACAUUGAAGGAGGAAUGCUAAUGGAGAUGGUACGGUUGCGAGAGCUGCAUUUGGUUGGCGCUCAAUUGGCCUCCAUUGAGCCAUAUGCCUUCCAGGGCUUACGCGGUCUAAAAGUUCUCAAUGUAUCUUACAACCGAUUGGAUACUUUGGAAAAAGGUGUUUUUCAAUCUCCUGAAGCUUUGGAGGUUCUUCUGAUCGAUCACAACCCACUAGUGUGCGACUGUCGUCUAAUGUGGAUCCUACAGAAAAAGCAUUCCCUUUUUUUCGGCGAGUCACAACCAGAGUGUAGUACACCAGAAGGAAUCCGCGGCAGGCCCUUUAAGGAGUUCAAGGAGACCCUUCUGUCUUAUUACGUAACCUGCACCAAGCCGAAAAUUCGGGAAAAUAAGACCCAGACCAUCACUGUGGAUGAAGGCCAGCAGGCAAUGUUGCGCUGCAGUGCCGAAGGCACACCAAGACCCAUUGUCUCCUGGUUGUCGCCACGCCGACGGCUUCUGACAAGUAGGAGCCACGGUAGAGUGACUGUCCACCUGAAUGGCACACUGGAGAUAAAGUCAGCAGAGGUACAAGACAGUGGUGUUUACCUUUGUCUUGCCUCAAACACUGCUGGGAAUGACACCCUGAUGACAUCUCUUGCGGUAAAAAGUCUUGGAUCACUGUAUGCCAACAGGACCCAGAUUUACACAGAACCCACUAACAUCACUGCCAAUGGAACGACUGGUGGGGCCCUUGGUUUAGAUCUCAAGACUAUUCUCGUCUCAACUGCCAUGGGCUGUUUCACCUUCCUGGGAGUGGUUUUGUUUUGCUUCCUGCUUCUGUUUGUUUGGAGCAGAGGAAAAGGGAAACAUAAAAACAACAUAGAUGUUGAAUAUGUUCCCAGGUCAAAGUCUAACGGCACAAAUAUUGAUAUGGUAGAGGGACCAGCAAGUCAGCGCCGCGUGAACAUGAAAAUGAUGUGACUUCUUUUGUAGAUUUAAAUUCCCAAAUUGUCGGGAAGCCCAAAGUACAGUGUAUUUUUUGCAGAAAAGGACAAUUGAACUUCCAGGACCUACAGGAAGAGUGAUUUUCUUUGGAGGCGUCAUAAGACAGAGGGCAGUAAAAAUAACUCAGUGGAUCUUUGUGAGCUACACUGUAAGGAAAAAAAUGGACAUCAUGUUCAAUCAUUAAGGCGUGGAUAGCUUCUUCAAUAUGGACUAGAGUUGGAACAGUUGCAACCAAGAGGACCUAACAGAAAUACAGUGUCCCUUAUCAGCUUUUUGAAGUUUCUAUGCCCAAAAAGAGAACUUCACUUUUGGGUUGGAUCUGUAGAC